GUGAACACCAUCUCUCUGUUUCUUUUUCUUUUCUUUUCUUUUCUUUUCUUUUCCUUUUUUUCUUUUCUUUUCUUUUUUCUGUCUUUAUGUUUUCUACCAUAUUUUCUCGAGAAGUAUCAAGCUUUCUAUCCAAAAGAACUCAUGUUUUAUCAAAAAGAUAUUACAGUGCAGCUAUUACCCACCAUGCCCGUCAACUAGAUAUCACGUUACCUAUCGAAAACAAUAAAGGGAAGACAACAUACUCCUUACCUUACUUUUGGUUACGAGAUCAUUGCCGUUGCCCAAGUUGCUACCAUUCAGUGACGCGACAACGACUUGUCAACACAUUUGGACUUGACAGGGACAUUCGACCGAGUUCUGUCACUUGGGAGGAUGGUUUACAUGUUGUCUGGCCUGACGGACAUAAGAGUCAUUAUGCUCACGACUGGAUCUCUACUCAUGGUCAUCAAAUCAAUGAACAAGUCUGGAAAGAUGCUUUGGCGCCUACGGAACAACAACGAUUGUGGCAAGCUGAUACAUUGUUAUCUUCUUCCUUGACUGAUCGAUUGACAUUUGAACAAGUCAUGGAAACAAAACAAGGUGUUACGGAAUGGUUACAUCGUUUAGAAAGAGAUGGUAUUGCUUUUGUGGAAGAUGUACCUACAACUUUGGAAGCCACCGAGACUUUGGCAAGACGACUUUGUUUCCUUCGAGAAACCCAUUAUUCCAAAGGUAUGUGGUCCUUUACCGCUGAUUUGGCUCAUGCUGAUACUGCAUAUACUCAAUUGGCUCUGGGUGCUCAUACUGACAAUACUUAUUUUACUGAACCAAGUGGAUUGCAGAUGUUCCAUAAAUUAGAAUUUCAAGGUCAAGGUGGUGAUUCACUAUUUGUGGAUGGAUUUGCAGUAGCAGAACAACUCAAAAUCAAGGAUCCAGAAGCCUAUGCGACAUUGACGACUACACGUAUUCCCACACAUUCAGCAGGCGAUGAAAAUGUAUUGAUUGUACCGACUCCACGUGCUUAUCCGAUCCUCAAUCAUGACCCAUUGACGGGAGAUCUUUAUCAAAUCAGGUACAACAAUGAUGAUCGAUCCACAUUGAAUCAUCUUUCACCUACCGAACUGGAUCGUUUCUAUGAUGCAUUAUUCUCAUGGCAAAAACUCUUGACGGACAAGACAAACGAAUAUUGGGAUCCUUUACCUCCUGGCCGCGUGGUGACGUUUGAUAAUUGGCGUGUGUUGCAUGGUCGUUCCGCCUUCACUGGCCAUCGUCGCAUCUGUGGUGCUUAUUUCCCUUGGGAUGAUUAUAAGUCGCGUGCAAGAACCUUACGACUCUCCACCAACGAAAAGAACCGCGUUUUGUAGUUUAGAUACUUAUACUGUAUUUUUUUUUUUAUCUACUUUUGAUUUUUGUUUCCCAAUAAAUCCUUUCUUUCUCUCUGUC